AUGCCUCACUCACGAGGGUUACGCAUCUCUACUACAACUCCCGCCUGUUGUCAGAGUCGGGCACCUCUUCUUCUGCUUCCAUCAACUAGGAUGCGUCUCUCAGGCGAGGAGACUCUCGUUGACCAUGGGGGGCCGUCUACUACGAUCGAAAUGCGUCAGAAAAACCUGGCGUUCGCGGAUCCGUUGCUGAACAGACCUCAAGUUUACUACGGGGACGGACCGUUCGACCCGCCAAGUUCGGACGACGAAGAGGAAGUCGCACAAACCGGAAACACUGAUGACGACGCGGAGACAAUCUCUUUGCUCAGUGGGCCUGCAACUCCGGGGAGGGCAGAGAGAGGAGAAACCGGGCCAAGGAGGACGUCUGAGGCUGAACAGAAAAACUCAUCUAUUCGCGUGCUUGCAAUUAUACUUUUCGCCUUAGUUUCUCUCGCUACCAUCAUUGGAAUUCUUGCCGGCUUCUCACAUCCUGGGACAUCCUAUCUUACACCUGGAGGGAGGGGACUCCUCGGGGAGGCUGGACGGAAGAGGCUCACCAUGGACAGUAUCUUCGACGGAACUUUCGCCGCAAGUCAACCAAACCUGAACUGGGUGGCAGAAGCCGGAGACGGAGUGUUCUCACUUUCAGAAGGGGGGUUCAUCAGACUCGUGGACCUCAAGACCAAUACGACGGCCAACAUUGUCGCGACAGUGGAUGUUAAGGAUGAGCGUGGAAAUACCCUCACUAUCGACGACUGGAAGCUGUCGCACGACACGAAAUAUCUACUCGUCAAGACCGACUAUCGCAAGCAAUGGCGACAUUCAGGGUUCUCGAACUAUUAUAUCCACAACAUCGAAGAGAAGAGGUCAUAUCCUAUAACCCACCCCUCUUUCCCUGCGAGGACGGCGUACGCCACAUGGGCGCCGUUAGGAAAUGCGAUUGCCUACGUUUUGGACAACGACCUCUACGUCCUUCCUUCAGCUGAACCUGCCACCCGGCCAAUCCGCGUAACAUCCACAGGCAACACCUCUCUCUUCCAUGGUGUGCCGGACUGGGUCUACGAGGAGGAAGUGUUCUCCUCUGACUUUUCUUUGUGGUGGUCGCCCGACGCAAACAAGGUUGCAUUCUUGACGCUGGACGAAACAGCCGUUCCAGAGUUCACUUUCCCUAUAUACAAUCCAACGGAGGACUCGAACGCCGUCAUACCCUACACUACCGAGGUUGUGAUGAAGUAUCCGAAACCAGGCUAUCCAAACCCUCUUGCGUCGCUGCAAGUCUUCGACCUCGCAGCACACUUAGACAACUCAGACGCUCCCCCAGAGGACUCGACUUUGACGCUCGAUUGGGAUGGUCGGCAUUCUGUGGAUGACAGUAUCAUACAAGAGGUUAAUUGGAUCGGUAAUGCGACCCUCAUCGUGAAGGAGGUCAACCGAAAUGCGGAUGACGGAAACGUUAUCCUGUUCCAGUUGAAUGCGAAUACAGGCCAAAGUGAGGAUCGAGGCAGGGUGGUGAGGAAGCUUGGAAAGAAUGGCGAGCAGGGUGACGAUGGUUGGAUCGACGCCGACCAGUUCAUUUUCCCUGUGCCAGCGUCGGUUGCUGGUUAUGAGGGAACCAGCUCCUACUUGGACAUCGUGCCCACGAAGGAAGGUUACAACCACAUUGCUCUCUUCAGCCCUGGAGACUCAAGCCAACCAACCUUCCUUACUUCGGGAGAAUGGGAAGUCACGGGUGGGAUCAGAGGCGUCGAUGUGAAGUCUGGCUUGGUUUACUUCACAGCCGCCAAACCCUCCACUGAACGUCACCUCUUCUCCAUCGCGUUGCCUUCCUCAAGCUCAGCAGCCGCCACUGAGAAGCCCGCUGAGCCCAAGCCCCUCACGGACACGUCGAACCCGUCGAUCUACGGCACCAGAUUCUCGCCUGAGGCGGGCUUUUACGUCCUGACCUACACUGGACCGGAUAUACCCUGGACGAAGGUGUAUGAUACCAGUCGGCCGUCGUUUGAGUAUGUGCUUGAGUUGAACGAACGGCUGAGGAAUGCGACAGUGGAGUACGAAGCUGCGACGACCGUCCAUACGACGUUUACUAACGAAGGGUUUGAGUUCAACGUAAAAGAGCUCCGACCUCCUCGCAUGGACGACUCAGGACGCAGGAAGUACCCCGUCCUAUUCCGCGUGUAUGGUGGGCCUGCCUCGCAGUUGGUUGACCAGCGUUUCACGCGGGACUGGCACGAGUAUCUUGCAUGCGCGCACUCGUACAUCAUCGUGACUGUCGAUGGGCGCGGGACGGGAUACAAGGGCCGCAAGCUGCGCAACACGGUCAAGAACAACCUUGGUUUCUUCGAGACAGUGGAUCAGAUCGCUGCUGCGAAAGCCUGGGCGCAGAAGCCGUAUGUCGAUAGGAAGCGGAUUGGCAUUUGGGGUUGGUCCUAUGGCGGGUUCAUGAGCUCGAAAGUGGUGGAGGCGCGAGCGAAGAUCCAUUCGUUGGCGAUGGCAGUUGCUCCUGUGACGAGCUGGCGUCUGUACGACUCUAUUUAUACGGAACGGUACAUGAACCUGCCUAACCUUAACGAGGGCGGGUACGUGAACGCGUCGGUCUCGAACGUGGAGGGGUUCAAGGAAGUAGACUACUUGCUGGCGCACGGGAGCGGAGACGACAAUGUGCACUACGCCAACUCGGCGCACUUGCUGGAUAUGCUCACGGCGGCAAAGGUGAGGAAGUACCGGUUCAGGAUGUUCACGGACAGCGACCACAGCAUCAGCCGGCGCGGGGCGCAGCGGGAGAUCUACGAGUAUCUGACUGGGUUCCUUGUUGAGAAAUGGGGCAAGGGGGGCCGGCGGGUGUAG